AUGGUCUCUAAACAAUCAAAACGUACAAAACACAUAAAUCUGACAUGCAUUUCUAGAUUCAAUCCAUCACACACAUGCACUCAAAUUUAAUCUAAGCGCAAGAUCAUAUACAGAAUUUCACAACAUGGGUGAUCAACCACCUCCGCCUAAAAUCGCCAUCAUUGGCGCUGGAAUUUUUGUAAGAUCACAAUACAUUCCCAGAUUAUCUGAGAUCUCUGACCUUGUUGUUGUUAAAUGCAUCUGGAGCCGCUCCGAGGAAUCCGCGAAAGAGGCAGUUAAAAUGGCGGAUAAAUAUUUCCCGGAGGUGGAAUCCAAGUGGGGUGAUGCCGGACUUGAUGAUAUUAUCAAGGACUCUUCCAUUCUUGGUGUUGCAGUUGUUCUUGCUGGACAAACUCAGGUGGAAAUGUCAUUGAAGCUGCUGAAGGCAGGGAAACAUGUUCUUCAAGAGAAACCAGCUGCAGUUUCUGUAAAGGAAGCAGAAAGUGCACUUGCUUGCUAUAAUUCUAUAAACACUGAAGUUGCUGGCCAGCCAAUAUGGGCUGUUGCAGAGAACUAUCGGUUUGAACCUGCUUUUGUUGAGAGCAAAAAGUUAAUGGCUGAAAUUGGAGAUAUGAUGAGCAUCCAAGUUAUCAUCGAAGGAUCAAUGAACAGUUCAAACCCAUACUUCUCAAGCAUAUGGAGGCGCAACUUUAAUGGAGGUUUUGUUCUAGAUAUGGGUGUACAUUUCAUUGCAGGCUUGAGGAUGCUUGUAGGGUGUGAGAUAACCUCAGUGUCAGCUACAACAUCUCAUGUAGAUAUGAGUCUUCCUCCACCAGAUAGCAUCUCCGCUUUGUUUCAGCUGGAGAAUGGAUGCUCGGGAGUUUUUGUGAUGGUUGUAUCCUCAAGAUCACCCAAGGUACUAUGGAGGAUCGUUGGCUUGAAUGGAACUCUGCAAGUUGAGCGCGGAAAUAAAGAUGGAAAGCAUGGAUAUCUGGUGUCCCUUUAUACUACUGAUGGUCAGAGCAAGAUCUCCUUCUACCCUUUCGGUGGGGUGACAGAAGAAUUAAAGACAUUUAUUCAUGACAUGUCUCAGGCCACCCUUAAGAAAGAAAGUUACGAAGCUGAGCCGCGUAGCUCAUUCCUUGAAGGUGCCAGGGAUAUCGCUAUUCUGGAGGCAAUGCUAGAGUCUGGUAUAAAGCAAGGAGCUGCAAUCGAAGUGAAACAAAUUUAGAUUCUGAAACUGGAUUAGCUCUGGCAUUUGAGUGCCGUUUGUAAAAUGAUACAACUAGGAGAGGCGAGGAUGCUUUCUUCUUUGUUUUGGUAAAUAGGUGCAUUUUUUCUACAGGUGAUGAUAUAAGCUCUAAAUAAAAGCUUGUUCAAAAGGAUGGAAACCAAAUUGUCUAAUACAUUUGCUAAUGACAUUCGUAAUGUUGAUUAGAGU